AGGCCGAGGCUCGUCUCUGCAGCCCGAGGGGACCCAGCAGCGCCCCCCGCCGCCCAGGGUCCACAGGGCUUCUCGCGAGGCGAUGGGAGGCAAUGGCAGCAAAGAGUCGGAGGACAACAGACCGGCCGAUCGGCGACUUCUCGGUCGAGGUCACCGCUGCAGACGAGGCGGCGUUAGCUGCACUCGCUGGGGAGCGGAAGCCCGUGUCGGAGUUCUCGCAGGUCGACGGGCCGUCGCAGGCAAAGGACACCAGCUCCAUCAAGCCGCGGCCCAUUGUGUUCCAGACGGGUGGCAUCUACAGGGGUGCCAUGCUGAUGGAAGAGAUGCACGGACAGGGCGAGAUGGAGUGGCCCAACAAGGAUUUCUACUCCGGCGACUGGGAGCACAACCAGAUGAGCGGGUACGGGGUGCUCAACUACGCGGACGGUUCCUGCUACGAGGGCCAAUGGUCGGCGAACAUGGCGAGCGGCAGGGGGCGCUUUCAGCAG